GAUUGCCUGUGGACUCACACGAUGCUCGCCAAGAUCCGGCUUGUUGUUUUACAAGUGUACCGCAAAGCUCGAGAUCCAGUUAAAAGUAUGGUUAAGUUGUGUUUGAAAAUCACCAUCGUUUGCUUGUUCUUGACAAGUCUCAUUCUGCUUCUGUAUGCAGUGGUUGACCCGAAUGAGGCAAACAAUUACAAGACGGUCAAAUUCACCAAGAAGCACGGAGGAUUCAAACAUAUCACAUAUCCAAUCAAGCCUUUGGAUCUAUGCGCCGCACUGGGCCGUUUAAAUGACUUGGCUCUCUGCUUGCGUCAAAUGAAUGACCUUCUGGAGAAUACAUGCAUUGCCAAUGGAGACCAAGAAAUUUAGGUUAAUAGAGCGUAAAAGUAACAUAGACUUUCUGUGUGUUACUAAGAGAGCUUUAUUAUCUUUACGUAAUGUUUCUUGGUAUAGUUUACAAUUAUGGCCAUGUAACAAUUAAGA